AUGGAUGGACUGAAGCAGUCGUUGGUAAAGCUCGUCCGUGAAGAAUAUUCCUUAGCUGGGUCUGUCAUGGCCAACAAGGCUGCCCAGGCUGUUUCUACCACCAAUAAGCAGGAAGAGAAUGCUCUGGCAGUAGAUAAGAUUGAACUGAAGGAUCUUAAAUCGUUCGAAAAGAGGGGCCUCGUCACACCGAUUCAAGAAGGUCAUGGAAACGCAUAG